AUGACCACUUCAAACUGUACGACAAUUCAAGAAUCAACAGCUGAAUUGAUAGAUGAAUUUACCGUUCAAUUAAUAUUUGGAGUUUUAUACUCGAUGGUUUGGGUAGCUGGGAUAGUUGGUAAUUCACUCGUCUUAUACGUAGUUUCAUUUAAUCAGGUUUCAUUAUCUGUUCGAAGUAUUUUCAUAGGAUGCUUAGCUGUCUCAGACUUGUUAAUGAGUCUUACAAGUCUUCCAAUAACUGCAAUUACAAUCUUUAGCCGUGUUUGGAUAUUUCCUUCCAUAUUCUGCAAACUUAUUGGAAUUUUUCAGGAAGGAAGUAUAUUCGUUUCAAGCUUUACCCUUACCGUUAUAGCCAUUGAUCGAGUUUUAUUAAUAACAAAGCCAAAUAAGGAGAUUAUAAAUUAUAAUCGCGCAAUAAUAGUUGUAAUUGGCAUUUGGGCACUUGGCUAUUCCUUGGCUUUGCCGACGGGAAUACAUUCAGGAGAAGCCGCCUAUCCGGGUUUAUGUGGAGUUUUCUGUGAAGAGCAAUGGCCUGACUACUCCGAAGCAUUAGGUCGUUCAAACCAACGAAGAAUCUAUGGCUUAACAGUCUUAGUUCUUCAAUUUGGUAUUCCAGCGCUUAUCUCUUCAAUAUGUUAUUACAUCAUAAGUCGUGUUAUGGAUAGUCAGUUAGAGAGAAGACGUGGACAAACUCUCCUACCCGAAUCUGAGAUGAAGCUUGUUAGUCGCAAAAGUCGAGCAAAUAAAAUGAUGAUCGUAAUGGUGUUGGGAUUCAUAUUUGCUUGGGUGCCAAUCAAUUGUAUCAAUCUCUAUAGAGAUUUGAUAUCUACAUUUACGGUCACAACAUGGUUUUCAAUGGUGUUCGCGUUAUGCCAUGUAACAGCUAUGAUGUCAGCUGUUUUAAACCCAGUUAUUUACUCUUGGUUUAAUCCCCAAUUUCGAUCAGCCAUCCAAUCAGUUUUUCAACGACAUCGAAAGCAAUCGUUAUAUUCAACAAAAGCUCAUGCGGAACUUCCAAGUCGAGCAUCUCAUCAUAUAAUGCCAGUAUCAUCAGCAGCUAGGUCAGAUUGUAAGAAAUCAGAAGUUUUUCUCACCACAUCUACGGAUACUCACUUACCAGGAGACCAAAUGCUUUAA